AUGGCCGGAAAUCAAACAUUGAAAGAGCUUGUCGCACUUGAUUUAAAUCAGCAAUCCUUAUGCAUAACUUUUCUUGCUUUAGAUGCUGAUGUUAAUUUUGAAUUAAAAUCUGGAUUGAUACAUCUCUUACCCAUUUUUCAUGGUCUUGCAGGUGAGAAUCCUCACAAGCACUUGAAGGAGCUGCAUGUGGAUUCGGCUAAGGAUUGGCUCUAUUAUCUACCUUCUGGGAGUGUUACCACAUGGAACAAGAUGAAGAGGCUAUUCCUAGAAAAGUACUUCCCAGCUUCAAGGGUGGCCAAUAUCAGAAAAGAAAUCUGCGGUAUAAGGCAAUACAACAGGGAGUCCCUACAUGAAUACUGGGAACGCUUUAAAAAAUUAUGUGCAAGCUGUCCCCAUCAUCAAAUCAGUGAACAACUACUUAUUCAGUAUUUUUAUAAGGGACUUCAACCAACUGAUAGGAGCAUGAUCGAUGCUGCUAGUGAAGGGGCUUUAGUAGAUAAAACUCCCAAGGCUGCGAGAAAUCUGAUUGCAAAUAUGGCGGUCAAUUCUCAGCAAUUCGGCUAUAGGCUUAGCCCUCCACCAAGGCAUGCUAAUGAGGUAAAUAUCUCUUCCCUAGAACAACAAAUUGCAAGUCUGACCUCUCUUGUUCAUCAAAUGGCUGCAGGUAAUAUGCAAAUGGUGAAGGCUUGUGGGAUAUGUUCGACAGUAGGGCAUCCAACGGAUAUGUGCCCAACUCUUCAAGAGGAGCCCAUCGAACAAGUAAAUGCGGCAGGUGGUUUUCCAGGGCAACCGCAAAGGAAAUAUGAUCCUUAUUCGAGCACGUCUAAUCCGGGAUGGAGGGAUCACCCCAAUCUCAGCUAUGGGAGUCCACAAAACCGCCAAACUUUUCAGCCAUAUUAG